AUGAAUAUCCCACCAGGUAGAUCAAAACAUCGUAUAAGAUAGAAAAUUCGGAAUAUUUUCAGGAGUAUGGCGUUUGGAUGCCAUUGUUAUGGGAUUGUAUCAAUUGGCGCUGUUUUUUGCAGCUCAAUUGAUUAUUGUCAACUUUCUCGAGUAUACACCGAAAACAUAUUGUAAUAAUGGUAAGUAAUCUACAAGAAUUUUUCAGCUAGGAAGAAUUUUUAGCUGAAGCUAACAUGUAAGGUGUUUGCGAGCUCAUCGAAUCCGAAUUCCACGUAUCAACAUGUUUAAUUUAACGUGGCAGUCAAAAUACACGUGGCAAAUUUCACGUCGAAAAUUAUUUUUUUAAAUAAUUUUAAAAAUUCAAACAAGAAUUGUUGAAAAAGGAAGUUCUCCUGCGAAAUUUUGUGACUUUCUAGAAAAAUAUGAAAUCAAACAGGAAAAAAUCUCCUGAUGUUUUGGAUUUUCAUGUUUUUCAAUUGGAAAAAUCCAGCACUUUCUCAGAAAUUCGCUGGCCAGCUCGCCACCAGAACACAUUUUCUACUGCAUUUUCUACUGUUUUUUCACUUCCUAAGGUUUCAAGUGCUGCGAAAAAACAGAAAAUGAGCCAAAUUUUUCGAAAAUGCCUCAAUUCACAAGUUUUUCAGACAUUUGCAUGAAAAUUCAUUUUGACGCGGCGAAGUGGCCACCACGUGGUAGCUAUGUGGCCGUGACCUAGCCAGAGCCUGGCCACCUUGCCAGCAAAAAAAACCGGGCGACAUGGUUUCCAUGUGGUCCCCACCUGGUGGCGAGCUGGCCAGCGAAUCUCUGAGUUUGAAGCACAACGCUUUCAAAAAUGUUACUGUAGUUUACAAAAGUGUUUGCGACUUUGCGGUUCUCACACUGAACCUUACGCGCAUUAUUUUAAUUUUUUUCGUGCGCACAAAAAGUUGUUUAAACAACAUUUUCAGCCGAUUUCUGCUAUAAAACAAAGGAUAAAUGUCUGGAUCACUACGAUCGCGAAGCUCCAAAUCUCUGCAACAAAGAUUCUUCGGAUUUCGUGAGUUUUCCUAGAAAAAAAGACUUUUAAACAGUUUUAAAACUGAAAAUUUACAGAAUCACUGUGUUAAGGAGAUGAAAUAUGUAUAUUAUGAUUCUGCGCAGUUACAAUAUCAACACGAUUGUGAAAAUUGGUCAUACUAGUAAGAUUUUUGUCAAAAAGACUGCUCUUAUAUCAAAUUAUUUCCAGCUUCUCUGCCACAACAGCAAUGUACAUCGGAGUUCUUCUAUCUAGUUUGGUUUUGGGUGUCUUGGCUGAUAGAUUCGGAAGAAGACCAAUAUUUUUCGUUGCCGUUGGAUUUGGUGUUAUUGGAAUGGUAGGAGCAGCAGCGCUUCCUGGUGUAAAAUGGUAUUAUAUUUUCCGAGUUAUCACUGGAGUUGGUGUUGCUGGAGCACAAGUUGUUGGAUGGUCUUAUGGUUCCGAAUUGAUUUCAGCAAAACGAAGAUUUCAAUUAAGAACAUUUUCGAAUUGGGCUAAUGCAAGAAUUCUGAUUGCACUCGUCGCAAUUAUUACACAAGAUUGGCAUUAUUCGCUUUAUCUUUGCGCAUUGAUUGUGCUCUGUAUUGUUCCGAUUCUUUGGUAUUUACCAGAAUCACCACUAUUCUUGGAGCAAAAGAAGAAGACUGAAAAAGCUUUGAAAGCCAGGGAAAAAAUUGAGAAGAUUACCAAGAUUCCGAAUGAGUCGAAAAAUGAUGCACCCAAGAAUCUGAAGAAGAUCACGUUUUUCUCGAUGUUGAAGAAUCAAAGACUCAAGAAGAAUUUCUAUAUUCUCUGUUUCAUGUGAGUUGCAUAAUUUUCGAAUUUUCCAAAAUAAAUAUUUUCAGGUGGUUCUACGUUGGAAUGGCGACUUAUAUCACAGAUUUGAAUGGUGGGGAUAUGUCCAAAAAUAUUUACAUCGGUCAACUUUUAUCCGGAAUUAUCCUAACUAUUUCGAAAAUUGCUAUUGGGUUAUUCGAACCUCACGCGCCUUGGUUUGGAAGACGAAUGAUGUUUUUCAUAUCACAGGGAAUUGCAAUUGUCGCGUAUGUUGGAAUUCUCAUCGCUUUAUACACGAAUAAUAAGGAUAGUUGGUGGUAUUUGGUGAUGUAUGUUUUGGCGUAUUCUUUCCAACAAAUGUGCACAGAAACUUUGUAUUUAUCUGUUGCUGAAUUGAUGCCAACUGAUGUUCGAGCUACGGCAGCAGCUAUUAUGAAUAUUCUAUUGAGAGUUGGAACUAUUGUGGCCUCAACAACAGUGAGUACAACUUUUGAAAAAAAACUAGGUUUUGCGAUUCUUCAUUAAAUUGAUGAAUAAUGUAAUCCGAAAUUAAGCCAAAAAUAUGUUUUUUUUUUCAGAAACCUCUCAAAUAUUCCUACGAACCUGGCCUAUUUUGGAUCAAUUUAGUUGUUUGCUGUUUCGGUGUUGUUGCAGUUUAUCGAUAUUUGGAAGAAUCAAGAAACGCAAAUCUUCAAAAUGUUGGACAAGAAGAAAUCAAAGAAUCAGAUAAAUCGAAAAGUGUGGCUUCAUCUUCGAAAACCAGCAUUGCAUCGGAGAAAUCUGGAAAAUCCGAGAAAUCGACGAAAUCUACAAAGUCUGUCAAAAAAGGACUUUCAUUGAAAAAAUCAGCGACUUCGAAUCGAUCUGAAUCUAUCACCAAAACAUUAAUUAGUGAAACUGAGAAAUCGACAAAAUCCGAGAAAUGA